AUGACUCAGAUGUCACAGCGAUACAAAUCACGGCCACGGCCACUUUCAGAUGAGGAAAUUGUAGCACUUUUGUUUGAAUCGGAUGCUGAAAAUGAUCCUGAAGUUGAGGACCUUGUGGAAGAUUCUACAGAUGAAGAUUACCAACCUGUCGCUAAUGUCGAGAGUGACAGCUACGAGACUGAAGAUGAAGUUGCUGAACCAGGAACAAGCAGUAAUAUAAACAAUGCUAAAGAAGGACCUACCCUGAGUAAAAAAAGAACUGCACCUCCGGGAGUGGGUGCUGUUAUGGCGCAGACGAACAGGAAGAUGCCGCCAGCGAACGUGCUGGCGACCAACAUCAGCAUCCUGCGCUGGUCCGGCCUGUGGCCUCCAGAGCGCCAGACGGGCUGGGCCCGCCUCUUCGCCGCCUACACGGCCGUCGCCUUCCUCAGCCAGGUGGUCGCCAUCGACAUGACGCUGUACCACAUCUACAACUCGGAGGGCGACAUCUACGAGAUCACGCUCACCAUGAUGGUCACCAUGACCCUCGUCGGCGGCGUCCUCAAGAUGCUGCACUUCUUCGGCAACGCGGACACCUACCGUCGCCUCGUGCGCGACCUCCAAGAGGUCAUCGACCUACAGAGGGGUCACUGCGAGCGGGACGACGCCGUGUCCGUCAUCUUCUGCUCGUACCACCGCCAGGCCAUCCUCUUCACCUGCGGCUCGCUCGGAUACCUCAACGUCCUGGCACCCACCUGGUUCUUGAUGCCCGUUAUCACUGGGGUUGCGACAGACCCCAAUGACAGGAAGCUGCCCUUCUCCCAGUUGAAGGGCCUCCGCUCCAACGACCUGAUCGGGUACUCGGCAGCCUAUUUUGUGCAGUGUCACGCCAUCUUCUACUGGAAUUUCAUCAGCGUCGGCCUAGACGUGUUCUUCGCCACUGCCAUGCUCCACGCCGCCGCCCAGCUGAAGAUACUGAGCCACCGCCUGUCCAGACUCGGAAAACAGACGACUCGUUAUGAAGAGCAGCCGCCGUACUGGAAUGCCCUCCAGGGAGAUACAGCACCUGUUAGGCAGAUAAUUCCAUAUGAAGAAGAGAAUGAUUUGUACUCACAGCUGCGCAGCUGCAUAAAAAAUCACCAGGAGAUUUUGCGGCUGGUGCUGUUCCUGGAGACGGUGAUGGGCCCCGUGGCGUUCAUCCAGUUCCUGUGCAGCGUCGUGGCGGCGUGCGUGGCGCUCUUCCAGGCCACCUUUGGCCUGUAUGUUUCGCGGGCGGCCUACAGCAGCGGCUGGGUAGGCGCAAGUCAGCGCUUUACCAGAGCACUGCGGAUCGUCAUGUGCAGGGCGCAGCGACCGCUGCAGCUGACCGCCGGCAAACUCUACCCUGUCAACAGGCUCACCUUUGUCUCGCUGAUAAACGCCUCCUACACGUUCUACGCGCUGCUGAGGCAGAUGAGGGACCGCUAG